AUAUUUUGCCCCUUUCCCCAAUAUAAAACCCUCACUUCGUCUUCAAUCCGAAUCAAUUUUAUAGAUCCAGGCGAAGAAGUAAAGAAAUCGAAUUCUAUCUGGAAAUGGAUGCUCUGGAUUCAGUUUUCGAUCCAUUGAGAGAUUUCGCCAAGGACAGCGUUCGUCUCGUCAAGCGAUGCCACAAGCCUGAUCGCAAAGAAUUCACCAAGGUAGCCACUCGGACAGCUAUAGGGUUCGUCGUGAUGGGAUUCGUUGGUUUCUUCGUCAAGUUAAUUUUCAUUCCAAUCAACAAUAUUAUUGUUGGUGCUGCUUGAAUUUUGUUCCUAGGCUUCCACAGCUAGAAUGAGAACCCUGGUCAACAAUCAGAUAGCGGUGAAGAUCGGUUGCUCGGAACAUUAUUUGAUCAGUUUUGUCAUAUUGUACAACUUCUUCUUAAUCUUAUGCACGAUAUUGUAAACACUUGCAAUACAUUCUACUUCUACA